AUGUGCCGUCGAGUCUUGUAUCAUCACAUGCACUGCGAUGUUCGGCAGCCAAUGACAGUACCAAAUGGAAUCAUAGGAGCCGAGGCUGGCGUCUAUGAGAACCCUUUGCGCACAUUUCAUCAUCGCUGCGAAAUAGAUGUCCGGGUACACGAGCCCGUGCAUUCAGUGUUGCUGGAUCUGCCUGCAGUAAAGUGUGAGUACCACAGCUGCUGUCUGGUCGUGGAGGAGGUCCUCUACUGCUCUGAAGGGGACCAGGUGCUGAAUGAUGGCGAGGACUUUGAGCCGGAGAUGUGCGACUGCUAUGCUCUAGAGCACCGCCAUGAGCAGAUCCACCAGCGCUGCUUCGGAGACGCCUGCCAAGGACGAAUGUGUCUACACAACUUGACCAACGGUGCCAACGAUGCUAAAGACCAAUGGCCAGGUCUAGAAGAGGUGAUAUGGUACGAGACAUGGGACCCGGUCUACACCCGACCGGUCGAGCUGCGGGCAAAGUGGGAAGACCAUCUCUUUAGGCGCAUGGCGAAACUAACUACCAUGAACAACGACCUCCUGAUUCAUGCGGCAGUGCUGCACGAUAUCAGUCGAGAUGUCUCUCUUGGCAACUCACCUCACAUCCAAGCAGCUGCGAAAAACUUUCUUCGGUGCAAUAAAAGGGUACAGAAGCAGCAGAGGCGAAUAGAACGACGGUUCAGGUGGGCACAAGGCAGAAACUGA